CACCUGCCCAGCCCCCGGCCCCCCAGCGCAGCCCGGUCCCGGGGCGCCAGCCGGCCUGGGGUUCGCUCCGGGGGGAGGGGACUUUCGGGGGUACCGGGCGGGGGAGUCGCGAGCCAGAGGGGAGGGGGCCGCGGGUUUUCAUGUGGCCAGAAUGAGCUCCUACUUCGUCAACCCCCUGUUCUCCAAAUACAAAGGCGGCGAGUCCCUGGAGCCGGCCUACUACGACUGCCGGUUCCCCCAGAGCGUGGGCAGGAGCCACGCGCUGGUGUACGGGCCCGGCGGCUCGGCGCCCGGCUUCCAGCACGCCUCGCACCACGUCCAGGACUUCUUCCACCACGGCACCUCCGGCAUCUCCAACUCGGGCUACCAGCAGAAUCCCUGCUCGCUGAGCUGCCACGGGGACGCCUCCAAAUUCUAUGGCUACGAGGCGCUCCCCAGACAGUCCCUUUAUGGGGCUCAGCAAGAGGCGAGCGUGGUGCAAUACCCCGACUGUAAAUCCUCCGCCAACACUAACAGUAGCGAAGGACAAGGCCACUUAAAUCAAAACUCGUCUCCCAGCCUCAUGUUUCCAUGGAUGAGACCCCACGCUCCUGGGCGGCGCAGUGGAAGGCAGACCUACAGCCGGUAUCAGACCUUGGAACUAGAAAAGGAGUUUCUCUUUAAUCCGUAUUUGACACGGAAGCGCCGGAUUGAAGUCUCUCAUGCUCUGGGACUGACCGAGAGACAAGUGAAGAUUUGGUUCCAGAACCGAAGGAUGAAAUGGAAAAAGGAGAACAACAAGGAUAAACUGCCCGGAGCCAGAGAUGAGGAGAAGGUGGAGGAAGAAGGAAACGAGGAAGAAGAGAAAGAAGAAGAGGAAAAGGAAGAAAACAAGGACUAAGCAAAAGAGAGGGACCCCCCCCCCAGCAAGUCCCUUGAAGUUUCGUUUUAUGGUAGCGGAUAAAUUGAGAAGUUUACGACUGUCAUUUGCUUUUAUAGAGAAUAGAAUGACACUCACAACCCUAACUACCUGUCAGAUAGUUGCAGCUCUGAUUUUAUUACCUUUGGACUUCCCCCGAUCUUCAUUUGUUUGGGGGCUGGAGGGGGAGACCCAGACACAGCGAAAAGUUUGGACUCUGUCUCAGUCCUGGCCCAGCUCACACCUGUCCCUCCCUGCCCUUCCAGCCCCUGCCAGGAUUUGAAGGUCUGGGGCUUGGCUUCUUCACCCCUCACUCGGCCUCUUCUUGACACACUCCCACCUCCCUGCUUCUCUGGUAUUUAUUUUAGAGGGGAGCCCCUCAACUAUGGAAGAAGACUCUCGUGGCUUUGUUGUUAUGCUAGGAUGAAUGUUUUAGAUUUACUGUCUUUCCAAAGGAAUGGAAAAGUGAAGAAAGGAAAGAAAAGGGAAAAUGUCUAGAGAGAUUUCAAGCCACAACAGCAAACAAACCUGAUAGCAAGAAAUAUUCCCGCUCCCUCCCUGGGGCGCCCCCUCAGAAAGACCCUUGAUUUUCUCUGGGCCCUAGAAACCUGACAGAAGUGUGUCUCCCCUCUCCCUGCCCUCCCAUAGAGUAGUUUGGAGCCUGCAGCCACUGCUAAAUCCUACCUAAGCGCCCCACGGUCACUGAGCCCCUGCCUUCUCCCCUCUGUUAUCUGCCUUGUGUGGCUGGGCCCAGCUUCCUCUGAGCUGCAUUAGUGUGAGCGCCCAGAAAUCCCCCUCAUCAUGAACAAUGUAAUAAUAACAAUGAUAAUGAUAAUACUGCUAAUACAUCUUUAUACUACCUAAAGGGAACCUGCAAUAAUCGUGAAAAAAAGGAGUCAUAAAAAAAAUCCUACUAGGGAGAAAAAAAGAGAAAAAAUUAAAAGAAAAAAAAAAAAAAGAAAGAAACCUCCACCGUAUUUUAUCACUACCUAUAGAAGAAAUCCUGCUUUGAGAGUUCUCGUAAUGCGGUUUUGUUGUCGUUCGUUGCUGCUUAUUUCACUAAGAAAAACCCAACAACUGAGACUGCCUAGCUCGCCGGUCCUGUGCGCUUUUAUUGUGCUUCUGACCCCAGUAGAGUAGAACUAAAUUGCACUGAAUGUAUAGUUAACUCUGUCUUGAAUUCUCUGUUUAUGCAAUGUGCUCGAAAGAAAAAAAAAUGUUAAAGAUAUAUCUAUAAUAAUAAUUUUUGGUCAUUUGUCUUUAUGUCCAGCUAUGAAUGUAGAUUUUGUGUCCGGCAGCCCUGUUCCUGGUCCAAGUACUUUGUAUUGUAUACGUGAGUCAUAAUAAAAAAGGAGAAAAAA